AAAUUAUUCACAUUUCUCUCCUUUUACAAUGGCAUUCAAAAUCCUCUCGUUUAUCUUUUCAAUCCUCCUCAUUGCCUUCCAAUCCCAAUUAUGCACUAGCCAAACCACCGUCGUCAAAGGCGGCUAUUGGUUUCCCGGCAGCGGGUUUGCCGUUGCCGACAUAAACUCUGCCCUAUUCACUCACCUUUUUUGUGCAUUUGCUGAUGUUAAUCCCCAAACCUAUCAACUUACCAUCUCAUCAGCAAACCAACCUCAAUUCUCAACUUUCACACAAACAGUCCAAAAAAAGAACUCUAAAGUCAAAACCCUUUUGUCCAUCGGCGGCGGAGGAGCCAACGUCAAUAUUUUUGCUUCUAUGGCAAGUCAGUCCAGUUCAAGAAAAUCAUUCAUCGAUUCGUCGAUAAAUCUAGCACGAUCAAACAAUUUUCACGGCCUUGAUCUCGACUGGGAGUACCCUUCGGACGCCACUCAAAUGACCAACUUUGGCAGUCUUCUUACUGAAUGGAAAACCGCCGUAGCAACAGAAGCUAAAAACUCCGGCAAGCCGCCGUUGCUUUUAUCAGCAGCGGUUCUUUACAUAUCUAACUACUAUUCACCUUCUGUCUCGUAUCCGAUUCAAGCUAUAUCAAACAGCUUAGAUUGGAUCAACCUAAUGGCUUAUGAUUUCUUCGGCCCCGGCUGGUUUCCUUCCGCCACAGGACCGCCGGCCGCUUUAUACAAUCCGGGCCGUCCAGAAAGCGGAGAUAACGGUGUGAAAUCUUGGAUUCAGGCAGGCUUACCAGCGAAAAAAUUAGUUCUAGGAAUGCCAUUCUAUGGUUGGUCAUGGCGUCUUGUUAAUGCUAAUAACAAUGGUAUUUAUGCACCGGCUAACGGAGCUGGUCUCGCCGGAGAUGGAUCGAUAGGUUAUGAUCAGAUCAAAACGUUCAUAACACAGAAUAAUGCCGUUAAAGUGUAUAACGGCAGCAUUGUUACGGAUUAUUGCUAUAGUGGAACGACAUGGAUUGGUUAUGAUGAUUUGCAGAGCAUUUCUACAAAGGUUUCUUAUGCCAAAUCGAAAGGGUUACUUGGUUAUUUUGCUUGGCAUGUUGGUGCUGAUUCUAAUUGGAUGCUUUCCACCAAAGCAUCACAAACAUGGGGAGCGUAAUUAAGCUGGCUAAGUGUGAGAGAUUACAAAUUAAAUAAACAAUGCCUUUCAAUAAUCAUCUACUCCAACUAAAUAAAAAUUGUUGCCAAUAUGGGAGAUAUGUUCUUAACUGUUUAAUGAUCAUUAGAAGUGUUUCAUAAGUAUAUACCACAUCAAUAAACUACUAUCUGUAUUUCA